AUGCGCAGCGUUAUGUUUAGCUAGCUGGCGCAGUAAGUGAUCUCAGUCUUGUCUAUAAUGGCUACCGUAAGAUUUUUCUCUAUUGCCUUUCUGAUGGUGCUAUCGCCGCCCGAGAGAAUAGUCGUGAAUUGUGACAGCGAUAAUUGUGACAUGAGCGGCAAUGUUUCCCUCUCUUCGACUCGUCAGGAAUUUUGUCCUUCCCAACCGGUAACUGUUCAAUGCAACGUAACGCAACCUUUACUUUUAUGGGCGUGUCAAGAGGCUUCUGAUGAGAUAAGAGUUUUCUGUGAUCCUGGACCGGUGGCUCAGACUAUCAGUUGCCCAUUCGGAGAGAUCAAUGGCGCCGAAGUUGACUGCAUUUGCAAUCGAACAGUCAUCAAAUCUGAAAUCACCUUCAACACUACUUCAAUGUGCGAUAUGAAGCUGUUUUGCAUUAAUGGAGGUGCAGAGAGGCAACACGUUUCCGUCACAAUAGAUGGUCUUAAUGCUCCAGUGUUGUUAGAUAAUUAUACCAUGGUUAAAAUGGACAAUGGAACUUAUAAAGUGACAGUGUGGUGGACAAAGGGUACCUGUGCCCCUGAUGAUGUUGAAUACAAUCUCACACUUACUAACACAUCCUCUGAAGAAGCCGUAAAUAAUGUUACGAAACAAACACAAACAACACUGUAUCUUAAUCCGGGCAUUGAAUAUGUUAUUGCUGUCAGCGCUCAACUAUGUGAUGGUGAUUUGAAGAGUGAAACAAGCAACGAACUCCCUCUUUACAUUCCCGGCACACCAACUACCAUUACACCGGGAGCAACAAUGACUUCUAAUCCUGCUGAAUCAAAUAACACUGCUGCAAUUGUUGGUAGUACUAUAUCAGUUAUUGUACUUUUAUUGCUGCUUGGAGUGGUUGUCUUUUUUAUUUGGUAUUUCUGGAUAUGGAGGAAGAAAGGAAGAGAAGAGGUAUGUUAGAAUUGCUGUUGCUAUGUAGCAAAAUCUAAUUACCUACUCUCAUGGCCGCAGUAGCAAUCAUUUCACUUUUGCACAUCUGUAUUGCACAUGUUCACAAAUAGUCAGCAGCGCAUGUACACGGUUUGUACACACGAUCUCCACCUGUGCACUGUCAGACUGGCAUUCCACAGAACUUCAGCUACUUUCUUUGGGAGUGUUUCAUCUCGUUGUAACACAUGUGCAGCAAUUCUCCUACCCCAAUUUUUAGCCUACCUUUUUACACAUGCAUGCGGCGGCCUACGAGGUUGAGUACGAUCUAUUCAAAGGGCUGCCUUGCUGUUAGAGCAUCAGUUUGAUGGUCACAGCAUUUACACUAUAGUAAAAAUAAUGGAAACAAGUGGAAAAAUCAUUUCUUCAAAAUGAAGAGGGGUAUAGGGAUGGCUCAAAGCACCGAAAAGGAGGAACAAGGGUUUGUUAAAAUGCAAAGACACACAAAGCCACAUGAUACCAUCCUUAUAAUUAUCUUUGUCAUUAUAAUUAUAUAGACUCAUAGAAAUAAAGAUAUAGGGAUAGCUUUGUGUGUUUUUGCGUUUUAACAAACCCUUGUUCAUUCUUUUUCUGUUCUUCGAGCCUUCCCAUCCCCCGUUAUCAUGAAGAAAUGAUUUUCAACUUGAAUUUAAUCCACUUGAGUAAUUAACAUUGUCCUCUAUUAUGUGUAGGUUGAUUCACCUGCUAUAAGGAUGCUUUCUGCUAUAAAGAGAAGUGGUGUUGCUGGACUGUAUGUUGAUACUAACCAUAUUUACUACUCAUGUACAGAAAUAAAUGAAACAAGUGAAAAGAAAUACAUGCUAAGGAAAUGCAAUUAUAAUGGAGAAUUGGUUAAAUAUUAUCGUUGCAACAGCUUCGUCCGUGGUAUUGGACAGAGUCAUGGUUUCAUAUACGUUUUAUGUUCCGGAGCUGAUUCACAAGUUGUUAAGUUGAACAGGAAUUUAAAUCAUGUUGGGAAAGAGACAAGUGAUAAAUGUGGUGAAUAUUUUGGUGAAGCAUUUGGAAUGCUUGUGACUUCAGACAACGUGCUUGUUUGUUCAGAGAGAAAUGAACAAAUAUGUGUUUUGAAUCUGAACCUUGAAUUUUGCUAUAAUUUGGAACUAAAGCUUGGUCCAGUUGGAAUUGCAACAUUUCAAAACCAUUACAUCGUUACAGCAAAGGCGACUAUUGGAAUAAUAGAUAUUGACUUUGAUAAAAAGGCUUUGAAAAGGGUUGAUGUAUUUGAAAGUAUGACUAAGGAGGG